AUGAUUGAAACCCAGAUCCAGAUUGCAGCCUCCCCAGACAAAGUGCAGGAAGUGCUGCUCGACUUCUCCACCUACCUAGAAUGGCAGAGUCUCAUCAAGCUCCUCGAGCCGGAGGAUAGUUCGAAAACUCUACAUUCCCUCCAACCAGGAGACAAGAUCAAAUGCGACGUGGAUGGAAUGAAGUUUACGGCCGAAAUCAAGGAAAACUCCGAGAAGCUAUUGCAAUGGCAGGGCCCUCCCGUGUUUGGCCUCAUUGCCGGACUUCAUAGCUUCCACAUCGAGCCUGCCAACGGGGGGUCAUCAACCCUAUUCAAGCAGACCGAACUAUUCACCGGGGCCAUCUCCUUUAUGAUGAGCCCGUCGUUACUGGGAAGGAAGAUGUUGGGCCAAUACAACCAAUUCAACAAAGACCUCAAGGCCCGUGCUGAAUCCUUAAGCUAG